UACUUCGUAAAACACUUUCUACACAAUCAACUUCUAUAUAUGAUACUCUAACCAACAUGCUCUAUUCACAUCUCACAUUUAACCCCUCUCAGCUAACCAAUAACUUUUAUCUCAUUAUGACUCUACAGAGCCUUAUCCUAGUUCCACUAAUACAAGCUCUUCAAUCUGAGGAG